AUGGCCAGUGACUAUUUUCUUGCCCGAAAGACUUCUGGUCUGAGUCUGGGCGAGGGCAAUGAACCACCAGGAUCGCCCACAAGCCCGCAAGCUCUCCGAACCAAUCCGCUCUCCUCCAAGGUCACGAGUGUCCUUUCAGCGUCCUAUGCCGAUCCUGAUAUAAAGGAUGCGCUGAGGCUCCUCGAUAAACGCAACGUAGAAAACAAUGCUGAAACGCGGCGGCAGCUGAGGCUCGAUGUGCAGAAAGAAGUCAUAGAAAGCAAUGGGGAUAUUAUUCGGGAAUUUGGCCACGUUGCGGAGCAACUCAAACGCAUUGGUAUUACCAUUGCGAGUCUCAAUGAAGGCUGUGAAGAGAUGAAACGUCACAUAAGUUCGGCUCACACGGAAACUGCCCCGGUGCUCGAAGAUGCCACCGACUUGAUCAAGCAGAAGAAUCACGUUGAAUCAAAACAACAGCUGCUAAAAGCGUUCAAUGCCCAUUUUGUCAUAUCGGAUGAUGAAAUGUCAGCUCUUACGUCAACUGCUGAGCCCGUGGACGACAGGUUUUUUGCCGUUUUGACAAGGGCAAAGCAAAUCCAAACCGACUGCGAGAUUCUACUUGGGACGGAGAAUCAGCGCCUUGGACUUGAGGUCAUGGACCAGAUCUCAAAGAACCUAAAUAGUGCGUUUCAAAAGCUUUACAGAUGGAUUCAGCGAGAAUUCAAAACACUCAACUUGGAAAAUCCCCAAAUUAGCUCAGCGAUACGGAGAGCUCUUCGAGUUUUGGCAGAACGUCCAUCUCUUUUCCAGAGUUGUUUAGAUUUUUUUGCCGAAGCGCGAGAACAUAUACUCACGGAUGCCUUCUACACCGCACUAACUGGCACGUCUGUUAAUGGCCAAGAGGAUACUUCUGUGAAACCCAUUGAACUAGUCGCACAUGAUCCACUGCGAUAUGUCGGAGACAUGUUAGCCUGGACUCAUUCUGCGACCGUUAGUGAGCGAGAAGCUCUCGAGGUUCUAUUUAUCUCCGACGGAGAUGAAAUUGCGAAAGGCAUCCAGGCUGGGCGAGAUAGUGAACCCUGGAAUCGGAUUGCGGAUGACGGUGCUUCCAGCAGCUUUGAUGGACUUAAAGCUCUAAACGAGUUGGUGGAUCGAGAUGUCACCGGAGUUGCAAGAGUACUGCGUCAACGUAUAGGCCAAAUGAUUCAAAGUCACGAGGAGACGAUCAUGGCGUACAAGAUCGCGAACCUCCUGAACUUUUACCGUAUUACGUUUUCCAAGCUACUCGGUGAAGAAUCAGUUCUCCUUGAGGCUUUAUCCACUUUGGAAGAAUCGGCACUACGCCAAUUCCGAGCCUUGAUGCGUGACCAUGUCGCUGGGCUCCAGACGGAAACCCAUGUCCCUCCAGCAGAUUUGGGUCCUCCCAAAUUUUUACAAGACGGCUUGAAACAACUCACAGCCAUUAUGAAAACAUACGAGACCUCUUUCACAUCUGCAAACACACGAGAGACUGGUUUCCAGCCCAUACUCACAGAGGCAUUCGAUCCAUUCAUUCAAGAAAGUAAAAAAGUAGCUCAGGGUUUGGAGUCGCCUCAGAGCGCAAUAUUUUCCAUUAAUUGCCUGUUGGCAGCCCGAACAACUCUUGCUCCAUUUGAUUUCACGACCGAGCGUCUAUCUAACACGCAAGAAUCCGUCGAAGAGUACGCCAGGGGGCUCAUUGAGCACCAAUAUUCAUUCUUCCGAAACAACUCAGCAUUGCAGCCUCUUCUCCAAGCUUUAGCGCCAUUGUCAGACACGAAAGAAGACCUUAAAUCCAUCCGGUCGCUCGGAACUUUCCAGCCGGAGCCAUUGACCCAGGCGAGCCAGACCCUGGAUGACUUUCUCCCGUCAGCACUCAUGGAUGCCAUGGAGAACCUCAAGCACUUGCAAAGCUCUAAACUGGCUAGGGAGAUAACAGAAGCAGCUGCAGAAAGAUUUUGUGACGACUUUGAGCAGGUAGAAGAUAAGUUGAUCGCUGCUGAUGAGAUUUGGGAAGAGGAAAAUGAUGAAAAGGAACCCUUGCGAGCGUUUUUCCCUCGUACCGGCGGGGAAAUACGGGUCUUGCUAUCUUAA